CCCCGACCAGAGAUGAGCUCUCCUCCACCUCCCACGGCCGCCAUUGCUGGCCUCGCCCCCCUUGAGUCCAUUCGCGCUGUCCCCGAGCACGAAAAGGGGUAUUACCUACCUAACGACGCGGAAGCAGAACCAACGCCGCAAGAUCCUGUGUCUCCUUCGGACUCACAUUCGAAGAAACGUAAACUUGACGACGAAGGCACGAGCGACGUUGUCCCACCCGCAGCCCCACAUGUAGCCCCGCACGUAGCCCCGACUGUAGCCCCGCCUGUAGCCUCGCCUGUUUCGGCCAACGUCCCUUCGUACCAAACGUACAUCCCCACCGAAGAUGACGUCGCUGAGGGAAAAGCUAUUGCGCGCCUUCUUAGCCCCUUCACGCGUGAACAAAUCGUGUCGAUCCUAAUCAGCGCAGCAUUGCAACACAAGAGCAUCUACAACGAGAUCCGCACGAUGGCCAGCGUCGACGUGGCGCAUCGCAAACUGUUUGUGCGUGGGUUGUCUUGGGACACGACGUCGGCGAGCCUUCAAGGAGUGUUUGAAACGUACGGCAAAGUCACCGAAUGCACGGUCAUCAUGGAUCGCACCACGGGCAGAUCGAAAGGAUUUGGGUUUGUGACGUUUGAAGACAUGGACUCUGCCGAGAAGGUGCUGUCCAUUCAACCGCUCGACGUUGACGGCCGCAAGUGCUCUUGCAACCUCGCUGCGGUCCCUGAGAACAACACGAACGCGGCCCUGGCUAUCAAGCAUCAUAUCAAGACCACGCCGCAAUCCACGUACGGCGCGCAUCCGUACCAGCAACAGCAGCCGACAUAUGGCUACACCCCGACGCCGCAUGCCCCCCACGGCCACCACGGGGGCGGCAAGGUGUUGUACGCUGACUUGGGGCCCGGUGGCGACGAGAACGACCGCAAGCUCUUCCUUCGCGGGUUGGACUACAACACCUCCACGGAGAGUGUCACGGCCGAGUUCGCCAAGUAUGGCGAUUUGGAAGAAGUCACGAUUGCCAAGGAUCGCACCACUGGCAAAAGCAAAGGGUUUGCGUUCAUUACGUACCGCCAUAUGGGCAGUGCCAAGCGUGCGUUGGCCCAGCCUCAAAAGUUCAUCGACGGCCGCGCCACGCAUUGCAACCUGGCGUCGCUCAAGCAAGCAUACGCGCCUCCCCAAUACGGCCACCAACAUCAAGUCGCAGCCCCCGCGCCCCAGGUCUACCGACCUCCCACGGUGGCGGCGGCGGCACCCCAAGCCGCGAUGGGGUACCCUCCUCAAGUGUACCAACAGCCACCUGCAGCUGCGCCCUACUUGGCCUACGCGCCCCCGGCGGCCGCGCCGUACGCCCAGCCCCCGCCCCAGGACAUGUACCGCAUGAUGGCGCAGUAUGCCCAACAGCAGCCAAUGCAGGCCCCCCAGGCGCCCCCGGCGCCACUUGCGUACUACCACCACCCCCGAGGGCCCAAUGCGGCGGCGAAACCACAAUAAGUGUUUGAAGGGGGUUCUAGUAGUCGUCGUCGUCCCUGUGGAAUGAUGUUGAUUGCUACAAUGAUAUUGGUACAUGCAUGGGAUUAACGAGUGCACAUAUAUACCUACUUUUCCAUGAACCUGUCCGUCGUAUAUCUUGGUCGUUCGUUCACAACAAUGUAUGGUUGCUCACGUAUCCUCGAAAACGGAUUGUGCUGCUUGGACUAUCGUACUUCGUGGUUGCCUUGUCGCAUGUGCACAGAGAUAUAUUCAUAGUCACCGUGUACCCGUGUGGUUGGGAUGCCACGAAAAAUUCAAGUAAAAGUACCGAGUUGGCAUCCCGUGAUUCUAUAAUGUGGUUAGUAUAUACUACUACCGUAUAUGGAGCAACGCACGGCUCGACUGGGCGGGUCCAGUGCUAGUACUGUAUGACUAUGGUGUCGAAGCCUCCUUCUUUCGAGAUCUCUACUUUGAGGCCUCCUUGUUGCUGCUAUUCUUGGAUGCGAUUGCAGUCUUGUAUUCCACCGCGGCGGGCAAAGCACAGCUGAGGUCAUUGCACAGUUGACCAAUACUGACACGACGACUGGUGUCUGCGUAGCGCAACUAGAAGAAGCGUCAAACAGUUAGCUUCCACCUGGCGUCUGCACGAGGUACUGAUACUCCUCGAUAUCUCUAUCAUGUAUGUAUGUAUUACUUGAUCGAAGAAGAGCAAGCCGGACACGCCUUCGAUGUACUCGAUGGGCCGAACGAACGUGGUAAGGUUGGUGUGGUCGGGAAUCGCUUGAUUGGGCAAGACAAACCCCGCCGCCAAGUACGCGUUGCUGUGUGUCGAUGGCUUUUGCACCAACACGACCUUGAAGAAGUGCGUGGGCACGGCAAUGGCGGUAGGAGGGGACCCCACAACGGGGUACUGGACUUCGUACGAGUCGCCUUGGGGCGUGCGCUAUAUGCAGCAUAUCAAGUGCAUAAUGAACCACGAGUUAUAUCAUUGUCAAAUCGAUUCGGAACUGG